CGGCGGCGGCGACUGCUCCUAAGACGAUGGCCCAGCCUUUCGGGCGGCGGCUCGAACUGGGGAUGGGGGUUGGGGGUCGGGUGGGAAGGGAGGGUGGGGUGGGGGGCGGGGGUCACCACAAGCCCAUUCACCGGCUCUUUCCGGGUAGUCGCUCCGGCUCCCCUUCGUUUCCUCUUCCCUUACUUCCUCCCUCUGAAUGGGCUGCAGGCAGCGGGGGAGGGACCCCGGGGGCAGCUCAGAGCGCGCUGGUGCUCGGGAGGCGGAGGGAGAAAGAAGGAAGAGAGGCUGUGAGUGAGAGGCGGCGCGCAGGGAGGGAGCAAGGGCGGGAGGAAGGCGGAGGGAUAUUCGGGCCGGACCUCGCCGCGGCGGCGCCGCGCUCCACGGCGAUUGGCCGUUGUUCUGGCCACGCGGAAUCCCCAAUUGGCCAGGCGCUCAGCGUCGAAAGGCCGCCUUUCGCCCAUUCGCCUGCUGGUUUCAAGGCCCGGGGUGGCUGGGCGGGCAGCGGAAUGGAGCGCGCUAAUUGGCCGAGGGGAGGGAGAUUGGGAUAGGGCCGGAGAGAGCCCGCCGCUGAUUGGGUGGGCUUGGUAAAGGCCUUGAGCUCAGACCGGCUGAGGGCCGAGGAGGGUGGAUCGAAGGCACGACUCGGAGCCUGCGCGAUUGGCUGGGAUAGUGGGCGUUGAUAGGAUAGGGUGCCUGGCAGAACUGGGGAGAGGAGUUCGGGGUCGGGGCGCGGGAAGGCGGGAGGCGCCCGGCUGCCCUAGGAGCCCGGCGCGGGGCACGAUGGGACGCCUCCGGGAGGAGGCGGAGCUGGGUUCGACUGCUGGGGCUGCGGUUGGGUCGGCUUGGUAACCUGCUCUUGGCUGGGACGGAUCCGUAAGGCCAUGUGGCUCAACUUGAAAUGUGUAGAUGUGGAAACUGAAGCCCAGAGAGGGUAUGGAACUUGCCCAAGGUUACACAGCCGGUUAGUGGCUUGGUAAGGAAUGGGUUCUGGAGCCUAGAGGGUAUGGAACUUGUCCAAGGUCAUACAGCUGGUUAGUGGCUUGAUAAGCUCAAGCUCUCCUGCUUGCCGUUGUCCCUACAAGCAGCUUCCUCUCCAAGGAGUCCCCUAGGCCUGCUUAUAUAGGGCUUGAGACCUGUACUAAGUCUGACUUGCUUAGGGGUGAGCUAAGGGAAUCCUACACUUAGACACCCCAUCCUUGACAGAAUGGAAAUGUUUCGCCCUGUAAAGGCUCAACCUCGAACCAGAAAGAAUGUGUGUACAGGCUUAUAAAGGAUCGUGGUUCUUGACCUGUUCUAGUUCUGAACUGAAGAAACUCAUGAAUGCCUUUUCUUAGCAAAAUGCAUAUACAGAAAAUGUGGGCUGGGCCCUGUAAUCCCAGCACUUUGGGAGGCCGAGGGGGGCGGAUCACGAGUCAAGAGAUCGAGACCAUCCUGGCCAACAUGGUGA